AAAUGGACGAGGCUGGCCACCAGAUCCACGACAAUGGCGCAGCUGCUCCCACAGGGGAAGCUGCACGCGGAGAUAACGCGACGGCAUCAGCAUUGGCGAAAGCCCUAGAGCACGAAAAACGUCGCAACGCGUCGUUGAUGUCGUUGUUGAAGAAGACCCGCAACAAGGCAGAUUCGUUCAAUUGGGUGGAAGAACCUUCCAUCGAAGAAGGCCUCCCUCGGCAAGUGGACAGAAACUCGACGAUGAAGGAAAGUUUCUCGGGUAACGAAUCGUCCAUAAUGACUUCGAUGGCGCUCGCUUCGCUAAACAUCAGCGAAUGUAAACCGAGGGACGGCAAAGAGAUCGAUAAACAAACUUUCGAGCGCUGGAAACAAACCCUCCAAGCGGCCUUGCAGAUUUCCGGAAUCGAGGACGAGAGGGCAAAGGCUAACGCCUUCACCAUCAAAGCUGGAGAGAAGCUGAAGGACCUGCUCGAAGCUACAUCCUCCGGUGUGGACGCCCCGGACGAAACGCUGUUUCCGUACUCAAACAUGAUGUACCGACUGGAGCAACAUUUUGGGUCCCAAGAUUACCUACUCCUCCAACGUCAAAAACUGAGGUCGUUGCUGCAGGAAACUGGCGAAGAGGACUCUAAAUACGUCCGACGAGUCGUUGCAGGAGCCAAGCUUUGCGGAUACAGCGAUGAUAGUUUGUUCGAGAACGUCGUUGACGUGCUUCAGGCGCACGCACUAUCGUUGGAUGUUCGUAAAGCGUGCCGGAAGUUGCUGCGGUCAAAAGAAGCGCCCAAAAGGAAGCUCGAACAUUUACUGGAGGAAGUCGACGCAUUGGAAGUAGACCAGAAGCAUGAGGCGAUCUUCACACGUAAUCAUCCGCCGCUGAAAGUUUCCGCUGAGGUAUCCGCCGUCAGAUCAGGUCAUCCGGUGUUCAGCGGUAACCAUCACUAUUCGUCGAGAGGUGGCGUCUCAGCGCGGCCGCCAUACUCACCGAGAUCUAGUCACGGCUACCAAGGCCAGUCGUACUCACCGAGACCCAGUUUCGGCUACCAAGGCCAGGCGUACUCACCGAGAUCCAGUUACGGCCACCACGGCGGACAUUACGAUCAGCGGGGCCAUCACGGCUCGUGGGCUAGAGGAAGGGGGAAAUUCAACAGUCGAGGAAAACCAUUUCAGCCAAACAAUGAACGCGCGCAGCGGUGCUGGAGAUGUACCGGUACAUACCAUUCCCCGGAUCUAUGUGACAAUCGAGACAAGAUCUGUCACAAAUGUCACGAGAAGGGUCACAUCGCUCGAGCGUGCGACGAGGUACCCGAGGAACAUCGAUCCAAGCAACAGCUCACUCCGGAAGGGAAGUUUCCUCAGCCAUCCAAGUUGCGGAAGGUCGCUGCCCUUGCUGACGAUAACGACAACCAACCAGGAUUGGAAUCAAUUCGACAAACCGAUCGUGUUGAAGAUUCGAGCAGAGAGACAGCUUCCUCCAUACAGUCUGUGGGUGUAGGGCCGUCGGAGAACCGCGGUUGCGGCACAAUUACCGGUCACGUUGCGGGCGUGGCCCUGGUCUUUUUAAUCGACUCCGGCGCUGAGGUCAACACAGUGGACAAGAAAAACUUCGACAAAAUGCUGGCAAAUAACAAUUCAAAGCGAGGACUGUACUGUUAUACCGAAGGAUCUGAUUUGUCACUGAAAGCCUACGCAACUCCAGGAUUUAUUUCCGUAAUCGGCUCUUUCACGGCGGAGCUUUUCAUCACGGCUGAUCGGCCAAGUUACCUCGAAAAAUUUUACAUCGUGCAGAAUGCACGGCCGCUACUGAGCAGAGGUACUGCCCUGCGGUACAGCGUCCUCCAGCUAGGCCUGCAAGUCCCGGUCCAGAAGGAAGCAAAUGCCAUCCAAGAGGUCCUCGCCCUGUCGAAAACCAACGAGUUUCCAAAGUUCGACAUCCCCCCGGUCGUAAUUUCGUACGACAAGUCUAUGCCACCUUCAAGACAUAUCUUUACUAACAUUCCACCCGCCUUCAAAGAGGAAACAGAACGCCGACUAGCAGAACUGCUAUCGUCUGGAAUCAUCGAGAAAGUUACAACUCAAAUGGACCGUUCGUUUUGCUCGUCCCUACUGGUUGUUCCGAAAGGGAAAGACGAUAUACGCCUGGUGGUGGACUUGAGGGGGCCGAAUAAGUGUAUAAUCCGCACCCCGUUCAGGAUGCCGACGCUCGAGUCGAUUCUGGCUCGGCUGAACGGUUCCAAGUGGUUCUCUACGAUCGACCUAACGAGUGCAUUCUUCCACGUGGUCCUGGACGAGCAAUCGAGGCACUUAACGAACUUCUUCUCCGGUCAGGACAUGUACCGGUUCGUACGGCUUCCGUUUGGUCUGACAAACGCACCGGACGUUUUCCAAGAGGCUCUCCAGACUAACGUACUUGCCGGUUGCGAGGGUACUUGUAACUACUUAGACGAUAUCUUGGUAUACGGAAAGACACAAGCAGAACACGAUUCGAACUUGAGGAAGGUACUUUCAAGGCUCCGGAGUCACGGUGUGCGGUUGAAUGAGCAGAAGUGCGUAUUUCGCAAGAACAGCGUGAAGUUCUUGGGAUUCCAGCUUUCGUACGAUGGGCUGAGCGUCGAGGAGGAUAAACUGAAAGCGUUGGAGAACUUCCGUCGUCCCGAGAAUUUGCAGGAAGUGAAAAGUUUUCUUGGCUUGAUUAAUUUCUCGGAGCGCUUCAUCUUGAAGCGAGCGGAUAAAACGGAGAACCUUAGGAACCUCAGUAGGUCGGAGACGUUCUACUGGACAGACUGCGAAGAGGAGGAGUUUCUGUACUUGAAGUACGAGGCGCUCUCAUCCAUCAAGAAGCUUGGAUACUUUGACUGCAAAGAUAAAACGGAGCUGUUUGUCGACGCGUCGCCGAUUGGCCUUGGGGCCGUCCUGGUUCAGUACAAUAACGAAGGUACACCCCGGAUCAUCGCGUGCGCUUCUAAAGCUUUGUCAGCGAGCGAGCAAAAGUACCCCCAGUCGCAGAAAGAGGCGCUUUCGAUCGUAUGGGGCGUCGAACGGUUUUCGUACUAUCUGAUCAGCAAGCCGUUCGUUGUUCGUACGGACUCGGAAUCAAACGAAAUAAUCUUCGACAGCGAACAAAGAACCGGAAAACGGGCAGUGACUCGAGCUGAGACGUGGGCACUCCGUCUGCAAUCUUUUCGGUUCAAGCCCAAAAGAGUUCCAGGUAACCAGAACAUCGCCGACGCGCUGUCACGCUUGAUAGAUAAAUCACAAAUCGACGAACCCUUCGACGACAUCAACGAGAAGCACGUUUUGUAUGCCCUUGAUGCCGCCCACAUGAACCUCUCUUGGAACACGAUAGAGAUCGCAUCUGAAACUGAUGAAGAAAAUUGUGCCGUUCGAUCUGCAUUGCAUACCGGAGUGUGGCCAGAAAACCUUCGUCGCUAUGAAACACAAUCGAAAGAGCUCCGCGUGCUGGGUUCACUGGUUUUCAAAAGCGACAAGAUCAUUCUUCCUCUGAAGCUUCGUCGGACCGCGAUCGAGAUUGCUCACCAGGGACACGUCGGGUGCGGUGCCACCAAGAAGCUCCUUCGGGACUACUUCUGGUGGCCCAACAUGAGCAAGGAGGCGGUCGAGUUUGUCGGCAAGUGCGAAGCUUGCCUAAUGGUAUCAAGAAAAAACCCGCCCCUACCACUCUCCAGCCGCACACUUCCCCAAGGACCUUGGGAGAUCUUACAGAUAGACUUUCUGACACUGAACGGAUGUGGAUCGGGGCAUUUCCUUGUCAUAGUUGAUAUGCACUCAAGGUUUUUGCAAGUCAUUGAAAUGAAAACCACCGAUUGCACAAAAACCAACGCCGCGCUCUGCAAAGCGUUCACUACCUGGGGACUUCCGCUCAUCAUCCAAAGCGACAACGGCCCGCCUUUUCAGAGCCAAGAAUUUACAGACUUCUGGGAAGACAAAGGUGUUCGGGAGCGCAAGUCGAUCCCCCUCAGUGCCCAGUCAAAUGGAGGCGUCGAACGACAAAAUCAAGGCAUAAUAAAGUCGAUUUCCGCUGCCAAAGCCGAGCAACGAAACUGGAGGGAAGCCCUACAAGAGUAUGUGCACGUGCACAACACCAGGAAGGAACACUCGCGCCUCGGGGUUACACCGUUCGAGCUGUUGGUGGGCUGGAAAUACCGCGGAACUUUUCCAGCACUCUGGGAAACUAAGUCUUCAGAGAAGGUCGAUAAAGAACAGGUAGCCGAGGACGACGCCGCAUCUAAACUGUGCAGUAAAAAGUUCGCUGACAACAGCAGGGGCGCCAAGGAGUCCGACAUUCAACCUGGCGAUAGGGUGGUCAUUUCUAUCCCGCAACGUAACAAACUGGACCCGUCCUUUUCGAGAGAGGACGACGCCGAUGACACGCUGACGAAUGUACCACCCGACGCGCGGGACCAUAACUCGGAGACAGAACAGCAAGAGAAUCGGCAGCCACCUGCGACCAACAAUUCAUCGGACGUUCGCAGGAACCUCGACGAUUCGGAGGCGGCCCAGAUUCCGAUUACUUCCGGAGACGGUUCACCAACGAACAAUACUGGAAGACCCAAGAGGAACAUUCUAAGACCAAGCAAAUACAAGGAUAUGUAUCUGUACAACAUUUUUCAGUAA